AUUGCCCCGAGCUCCGCUGAAUCAACAUCUUGGAUAUGUAGAAGAAACCAAGUCACUUCUGCUAGAAAGUCAACCCGUUCAUCAUACACAAGCUCCAAAUCAGUCCAUGAGACGGUUUUCUUCCACAUAUGUUCUUUCUUCUAAGUCGGGAGUUUGGAGACACCGAUCUGAUGUAAUUUGUAGCUAGGACGCGAAUAGGCAGCGCUGUUUUCUCAGGGUUUUGAAUCACGAUUCCUUUCACAAGUUGUCGUCGUUGCCAUCAAAGGUACCACGCCGCCACAACAGCCAGUUCGGCCACAUGUACUCCAUCCGAAACAACAAUCAAGCUUUGAUAAGAUAUUCGCAGUGACUGAGCUUGAUUUGUUCUGAUCAACUGCUCUUUGAAUGGCAUCUAAAAGUCCCAGCUGAGACCACACUUCUUUCACACGACGACAUUUGAAGAGGCAGUGCUGCAAGUCAUCGACACUGUGAACAAGGUAUGUAUGAAAAAGAAAAAGGCCUUCUACUUCUAGGAAAAGAAAAUAUCUUCUUUCCUAAGAAAAGAAAAAUAAAAUAUCUUCUUUGCUAAGAAAAGAAAAAGAAAAGAUAAGAUCUUCCCUGCCCCGAUGUGGGUGCACGGGUCUCAUCCUCCCCAGCUUGACACCAAAAUACUCACGGAGGCUGCACUGCUCCGUGGCCGGACCGCCUCAGUUCGCAAACGGUUUGCGCGAAUGGGUUGGCGGCCACAGCUGGCCGGACCUUUAUAAAUCACGGUCACGGACACGUCUACCUACCAAUAACCCACACGCGCGCCCGGCACAAGUCCCACAGCCACACUGCACUGGACACACGGUCGCGCACGCGGCGUCGCGGAGAGGCGAGGAGCGAGAGGGAGAGACGUGGGCGGCAGCGAUGGUAGAAGGCGGCAGCGGCGCGGGGGCUACGUCGACCUGCCGGCGCGGCGGCGGCGGCGGCAUCGUCGGCCCGGCGGCCCAGCGGUGCUGCGGCGGCGGGUGCGGGCUCGGACGCCUGGUGCGCCGGCUGCGUCGCCAGGGGAGGCAGGCGCUGUGCGCUGCCAGGCCGGCGGCGUCGUCGUCGUCUUCGUCGGCGGCCGGGGCGCUCCGGGGGUGCCAGUACGACCCGCUGAGCUACGCGCGCAACUUCGACCAGAGCGGCUUCGGCGACCCCGACCCGGACGCGGACGCGGCCAGCCUCUACUACAGCUACACCUUCUCGUCCCGCUUCGUGCUCGCGCCAGGCAGCGCCACCUCGUCCUCAACCGCCGUCGCGGCCGUCGUCCCCGCCCCGAACGGCCUCGUCGUCGCCAGCCGGCCAACCGCCGCCAGCCAUUAGCCGUCCCGUCGCCAGUAGCUUCCCUUUCUCUCUCCUCGGGUUCCUUUUCCUCAACCUCUGGAAUGGAAAGGCAGCAGCUUGUUUUAAUUCGAUUUAAGAAGAGCCUUUCCGUAGGGGAAAGUUCGGUCGGGAGAACGACGAUGCUUGUAAAUUAAUACUGUAGUACUGUAUGUAUGUGAGAAGAACGCCAUUGCUCGGUC